ACCAGAUUCCCAAGCCGCUUGCCCCUUGCGGCAUGGCCAUCCAAUGCAGACAUUGGAGCAGUUCGAGCUUUAUUUUUCUGGCAGAAUGGAGGCAUCGAAUGGCGAUAGCACUCCGUCUACUACCCCAAUUCUCCCGCGCCAGCCUCCUCCUCCUCCUCCUCCUCCUCCUCCCCACUCCCCGGAUAUGCCGCGGCCAAGCGCCAGUGCCGAUGCUGCUGCUGUUGAGGCCAGAGACGAUGCCUGGUCGUGCGUCGUCAUCCUUCUCACCUUCUGGUUCUUUGCGUCCAUGACGUUGAUUCUCGGCUUCUACGGCUCGGUCGACCUCCUACUUGGCCCCAAUUGUUCCCGGCUUCUUCAAGCCAACUCCUUUUUCGUGCAGGAUAUCAAGGUGCAAGCAGAUGGAGAGUCGGAGAAUGGACCCUGGCUUUAUGGGUUUCUCGAGCCUCCGCCUCUGGAUGUCUUGGCUACAUGGUCAGAGACCCACAAUGCAUCCAUACCCGCCAACUUCCACAAGGAAUGGAUAUAUUAUCUGAACAUGGGAGCUCGAGUCGAUAUUUCUUACAGGGUGAAAUCUGAAGGAUCUUACCCUCUAACCCUCGUCAUUGCCCAAGGCAAAGAAAACCUUCUUCAAUGGAUUGAGGAUCCAUCACGUCCUAAUACCACCUUAUCAUGGACUUUGAUACAUGGAAAUGGCAUGAUUGAGCAGACCAUUGAAAAGCCUUCUGAUUACUAUGUUGCUGUGGGAAAUUUAAAUCAUGUAGAAGUAGAGGUUCAGCUAAACUUCACAAUCCGGACUCUUUUAUACAAUACAACUGGGGCUUACUACGAAUGCUCACUGAAUCACAGGCUAUGUGUUUUGGAGUUGUUCUUAUUGAGGGCAAAUGUUGCGAUCCUAACAACACCUGGCCCAAAAUCGGCUCAGGAGAGUGAUGAAUGGUUUGUCAAGUUAUCUUAUGGGCCACGUUGGAUCACUUAUUUUGCCGGAUCAGGUGUAAUGACUGUAGUCAUUCUACUGGCCUUCAAGAUAUUUACCAAUUUACAAUUCAGCUCUGGAGAUGGUGCUAAUCGUCAAAAUGCAAAUGGUAGCACUGAGAGAAGCCCCCUGCUUCCUAACAAAGACGAUGACAACUUGAGCUUGGGAUCAUCCUAUGAUUCUGUUUCGCAUGAUGAUGAAGAUAUGGAAGAAUGGCUUGGGACAACACCAAUGCUGCCCGAAGGAGAAGCUAAUAACACCCGUCACCUUUGUGCACUCUGCUGUGAUGCUCAGAGGGAUUGCUUCUUUCUUCCUUGCGGACACUGCGCAGCAUGUUUUACAUGUGGGACAAGGAUUUUGGAUGAGGCUGGAACCUGUCCCGUUUGCCGGAGAAAGAUGAAGAAAGUGAGAAAAAUCUUCACCGUAUGAUGUGCAUAUAUGCAUAUUUUUUAUGUCCCUACCCUCUGAGCUCACACUAAAGAAGGAAAAAUCCACACUGGAAUGUGGAGGAUGCAUCUAACUAGUUGCCAGUGAUGUUUUUGAGCCCAUCACUUAGUAGAAGGCCAUUGUAUGUCACAAACUUGGGAUGGUUGAGUUCUGUAUCAACUUAAACAGAUUUACAUAAAGGAAUAAAAAAAUGCAGACGCCUGGUAGCAUUUUGCGUGCAGCAUUCUCAUGGGUGGUGAUUUAUUUGAA